GCGGCGGACGGAGACGGCAGCCUCACCGGAGCCAACAUCUUCCGCAGCGAGUGGAGCGCCCUGCUGUCUGAACUCGUGCAGCAAGGCCGGAUCACAGACUCUCUGGCGCGGCAACACACGCAUCUGAACAUCGUGGGUCUGGUGGGAUCCAUGAUAAUGGACUUCUGUGGAACCGACAUGACGAUCGGAGCUGAUUCUGCUCUGAUCAUCAUGGAAGUUAUUGAUGCAAUCAGCAACCACGGACAAAGUCAUCAGAGGACGUUUGUGUUGGAGGUGAUGGGACGCCACUGCGGGUAUCUAGCGGUGGUUUCCGCUCUGGCGUCUGGUGCUGACUGGCUCUUUAUCCCGGAGGCUCCGCCGGAGGAUGGAUGGGAAGAUCACAUGUGAUUUGGAGAUUUCCGCAGUAAAGGCUCUCGUCUGAACAUCGUGAUCAUCGCAGAAGGAGCCAUCGACAAACACGGCCAGCUGAUCUCCUCCAGCUACGUCAAAGAUCUGGUGGUUCAGCGGUUGGGUUACGACACGCGGGUCACUGUCCUGGGUCACGUUCAGAGAGGAGGAACACCGUCCGCCUUCGAUCGAGUCCUGAGCAGUAAGAUGGGUGUGGAGGCCGUGGUGGCUCUGCUGGAGGCGACUCCGGAGACGUCUGCGUGUGUCAUCGGUCUGUCUGGGAAUCAGGCCAUGCGUCUGCCGCUCAUGGAGUGCGUGUGAACAUGGUGAACGAAAGAGGUUCAGAAAGCCAUGAACGAGAAGAGGUUUGAAGAAGCCAUCCAGCUGCGUGGAAAGAGUUUUGAGAACAACUGGAACACGUACAAGCUUUUAGCUCAUCAGAAGCCAGCUCUGUCUAAGAGUAAUCACUCUGUGGCCAUCCUGAACGUCGGCGCUCCGGCUGCAGGGAUGAACUCCGCUGUGAGAUCCGCGGCUCGAGUGGGACUCGCUCAGGGACACAGGGUUUACACCGUCCACGACGGCUUCGAGGGUCUGGCCAAAGACGCGGUGACUGAGGUCCACUGGCAUGAUGUGGCUGGUUGGACGGGGCAGGGCGGAUCACUGCUGGGCACCAAACGAACUCUCCCUAACUCCUGCAUGGAGAACAUUGUGGCCAAUAUCAGCAAAUACAACAUCCAGUCGCUGCUGGUGAUUGGUGGAUUUGAGGCGUAUGAAGGAGUUCUGCAGCUGGUUGAGGCUCGAGGCCGCUAUGAUGAACUGUGUAUCGCCAUGUGUGUGAUUCCUGCCACCAUCAGCAACAACGUCCCGGGCACAGACUUCAGUUUGGGAGCAGACACGGCCGUGAACGCCGCCAUGGAGAGCUGCGACAAAAUCAAGCAGUCUGCGUCUGGAACCAAGCGCCGCGUCUUCAUCGUGGAGACCAUGGGCGGAUACUGCGGUUACCUAGCAACCACCACCGGCAUCGCCGUGGGAGCAGACGCCGUCUACAUCUUUGAGGAGCCGUUCAACAUCCACGAGCUGGAGACAAACGUGGAGCAUCUGACGGAGAAAAUGAAGAAUGAUAUUCAGAGAGGACUAGUGUUGAGGAAUGAGAAGUGCCACAAGCACUACACCACUGACUUCAUCCACAAUCUCUACUCCGCCGAGGGCAAAGGCAUCUUCGACUGCAGGGUCAAUGUUCUGGGUCACCUGCAGCAGGGUGGCGUUCCCACUCCGUUCGACAGGAAUUUUGGCACUAAACUGGGAGUGAAGUCAGUUCUGUGGCUCACAGAGAAGAUGAACAGCACGUACAGACAGGGACGUGUGUUUGCGAACUCUCCGGAUACGGCUUGCGUGAUCGGCAUGAAGAAGAAAGUGAUGUCGUUCAGUCCCGUCACCGAACUCAAAGCACACACCGACUUCGAACACCGGAUGCCGCAGGAGCAGUGGUGGCUGAACCUGCGUCCCAUGCUCAAGAUGUUGGCCAAAUAUCAGACCAGUUUUGACGAGUAUGUGACCGGAGAGAUUGAACACGUGACGCGCCGCACACUGAGCAUGGAGACCGGAUUCUGAACAGCCGCUCCAUCAUCAUCAUCAUCAUCAUCAUACCACAUUAUCCCUCCAUACCUCUGAGCCAAUCCAUCCUGUCAUACUCAUAACUGCAUUUAUACGCUGCAUAAAACACGUUUUUAACAGAACAUGAGUGUUUAUGAACUACAUUCAGAUGUUGUGUUCGUUCUUCAGCCGUCUGCUGUGCCUUGGUCUUGUAUUUAUUCAUUUUGAACAACUGGCCUGUUCUCAUAUUUCCUUCUCAUAUGCGAGUCUUUAUAUUUCAACGGUUGUGUACGUUUGAGUUUGAGGAAAAGAUGAAAACGUGUUUCUGAAUGAUCUUGAUUUUCUGGUUUCUGGACACAAUCUUUUCAUCUUUGUGUUGUGCAGACUAUUUUUUGGCUGUUAUUUGAAGCGCUGUUUUCUCUGCUAUUCGAGUAUAAUCUUGUUUUCUGUAAUUAUUUAGCUGUUGUUUGUUUCAUUAUUCCAGGAUCAGUGAUUUGUUUGUCUGCCGUUGAAUUGUGACUGAAUUAUGCUCUUCUCAGUAUUCUCGCCAAUUUUUACCCUUAUGUUAACAGAUCAGUAUGUUAGAUUUGCAUGUCUCCACUUUUAAAGAUGUGCUUUAGUGAUUAAACCCGACAAAAUAAAUAUAGAUAUUUUCUGCUGAUUAACAAAAA